AUGGCUACCAAACCGUCUCGAGGAGCUUUCAUCGUGAUUGAAGGUCUUGAUCGGUCAGGAAAAAGCACUCAAGCUGCUACACUCCUUGAGCGUCUUCAAUCUCGCAACAUACCUGUCAAGUUCCAUAAGUUCCCAGACCGCGUCACACCAAUAGGCCAAAUGAUAGACUCCUACCUUCGGUCCAAGUCUGACUUGGACGACCAUGUCAUCCAUCUGCUGUUCUCCGCCAACCGCUGGGAGCUCGCGGCCACUGUGGAGCAGACACUCAAUUCCGGUACUCAUAUCGUCUGUGAUCGUUACGCAUUUUCCGGAAUCGCCUUCACCGCCUCAAAACCUUCCCAAAUACCCUUCGAAUGGUGUCGGACGCCAGACAUCUCCCUUCCUGCACCAGAUCUCAUUCUCUACCUCGACAUAUCCCCGAAUAAGGCGAAGGAGAGAGGGGGAUAUGGUGAAGAGAGGUAUGAACAGGAAGAGAUGCAGACGAGGGUACGGGAGGUGUAUCGAAGGAUGCGAGAAGAAACCAUGGCGGUGGGGUCGAACCGAGAGAGUGAGAAUCGGCCACAGUGGGUGGAGAUUGAUGCGGGUAGGUCGGUGGAGGAUGUGGGGAAGGAGAUCUGGAUUCAUGUAGAGCCGUUCGUCCAACCGAGCGGGAUAUCCAAGCCCAUCGGUCGUCUUUGGAUGGAUCGCCUUCCCUCGGCGGGUGUUACGUUGUGAGAAUAUCACGUCUGAAACUGUUGUCGCAUUGUCCAGCAUCGUAGAAAUUUGUAGUGUACAAGUAAUGUAAUUAUUCGU